UUCUCCUUCCUAUAUUUCCUUUAUCACAGUAAUCAAUUAUCUCAAAAACUUGUUCAAAAAAGUAAUAAGCUAAGAAAAACAAGUCUUUGAAAAAAAAAUGGCUAGUAUGAGUGUUUCUAUGAGCCCAAAAUUGUUGCUAGCCAAUAAGCCUAGCAACAACUUUGAGUCACCAAAGUUAUGUAACAUGGUCACGUACAUAAGAAAAAGUAACAUGCAUGCUAGCCGUUUGGUGGCGGUUCGAGCCGCACCGGAUAAGCUUUCGGAUAAUGUGGAGAAGAGCAUCAAGGAGGCUCAAGAGACGUGCUCGGAUGACCCGGUCAGCAGCGAGUGUGUAGCGGCUUGGGACGUGGUGGAGGAAGUUAGUGCCGCGGCUAGCCAUGCUAGGGACAAGGCUAAGGAUAGUGAUCCUCUUGAGGAGUUUUGCAAGGAUAACCCUGAGACAGAUGAAUGCAAGACUUAUGAUAAUUAAUUAUCACAAGUUUUUAUUUUAAGUAAUUUUAUUUUGUUAUUGUAUACUUUAUAUAUUUAAUUUGCUCUAGUUGUUAUUAUUAUUAUAGGAUGUUGUUGGGCUUAUCUUGAUGAUCAAUUAAAUUAUGCACGGGGUUAUGUUAUUAUGUGAUGAAAUUAAGGGGCUCUAAUGAUCUAUUUUAUGCUCGAAUUAAAAAGGGUAGGGGGAAGCUAUUGUAACCCUUGAAUCUUUGAUAUACAUGAUCAUAUUAAUGUAAAUGCAUAAGAACUUCAAUCC